GUGAAGAUGAUAAUAAAGGUCUAAUUAAUUUUUUCAGUCGAAUUUCGUCGCAUUGUAGUGAGAUACCCUUGGACGUGAUGUACCUGUUCGGUAAUCGUAAAAAAUUGGACUUUUUUCGUGAAUUUUUCAUGUUCGAUGUACGUGUUAAUUGUCUAAUUAAUUUGCAUUCGUUUAAAAAAAUAAUAAUAAAUAGAAUUUAUAGUGAAUACUUGACUGAUUUUAGCUGUGUUAUGUUCAUUUGUUGAAUUCGACAUCAAAUUUGAUGUUGAAAUUCUGGUCAAGUAGCUGAUCAAAAUGGGGUCCAAGUUCCAAUACACAACAGCUAUCAAAAAAGGAUUCAACGUUGUCUUCACUGAAAUGGCGGAUCUUAGAACAAAUAGCAAAUUCCUCAUUCCGAAUCCUAUACCGAUAGGAUGCAUAAUGCUCGUAUAUGUUUCGUUUAUUCUAUGGAUUGGACCCAGACUGAUGAAGGAUCGAAAACCGAAUAAAUUAUGGAAACUAUAUUUCUUGUAUAAUUUUUUGAUGGCGAUACUGAACCUGAAAUUAUUCUACAAAGGGUUGCAGUAUUGGUGGUACGAUUUCAAUUCUAUGUGCGAACCUCUGAGUAGGAUUCGUACCGAAGGAUCUAUCGAACUAGCUGAUUACGUUUAUCUCCAUUUCAUCGUGAAAGUGAUCGACCUUCUGCAUACAGUACUUUUAAUAAUCAGUAAACGGAACCAUACGACAUAUCCGCACAUCUUCAAACACGCUCUUUUCAUCGGAACGAGUUGGUGUUGUGUGAAAUAUUAUCCGGGAAGUCAUUGCGUAUUUUUCGCUUUCGUCGAUAGUGCCAUUAAUCUAAUCGUUUAUGUCGCUUUCUUGGUUACUUACGAAAUGAAUCCUUACGAUCGAUAUUGGACUUGGAAGAAACGAGUCAUCUCGAUCAAAAUAAUCCACUAUCAAAUCCUCUUCCUGCACUUACUCGAGCUGUUAACGUACGGUUGCGAUUACCCGAAACUACACGUACUGAUCAUUAUCCCGAUCAGUUUCUUCGUAACGAACGCCUAUUUGAAUUACGACCACGAGGAUAAAAUCGACGAGUUCUUUCGUCUAAUGAAAGAAGAAGAAGCGCCAAAAAAAUACAAAUUUCCAUCGUAGAAAUAAAAUCAUUUUUUAACAGACUAGUCAAAAAAACAAUGAAAAAUACAUUUUAAAUAAAAUUUUCCAAUAAAAUUAUUUUAAAAUAUGGUAAAUGCAUGAUUUCGUCGUGUAAAUGGCACCAAGAUGCGAUUAAAAUUAUUUU